AUGACUUCUAUGAGAUCUGAAAACGACUUUGGUGCAAUGGCAGCGGUACUGGGAGGCUUCUCUGAACUCAGCUCAACCGAGAGUACAAAACCCGACUUCGAGUGUUCAACUGGCAAUUGUACCUGGGACCCCUUCGCAUCGCUCGCUGUAUGUAGUACUUGCAAAGACAUCUCAGCUGCGAUGGAGAAGUCCAACGGACGAGCAACGAUAAACGACGAACUUAUCACCCUGCCAGACCGCCUGGAAUUCCCCGACAAGAAACUCCGCACAUACACCAGGCUCGAGAUACCAACCUUGGAUCUGAGUAUAUCAAAUUUCAAUGGGAUCAAAGCCGAUGGAAAUGAAAUUGACAUUGGAUUCGGAAACGCCGAAGUUACUGCGCGGUCGAAUUACAACCCUGGGCGGACAUUGUCGUUUGAACAUCUAGAGUCUAUGAUCUUUUCCGUCGCUGUCAUGUCAGCCAGCCAGGACUAUCGCAAGCGGAAGCAAGCUUGGGAAGACACGGAUAUCACCGCCACAGAAUGCGCCCUGCAUUUAUGCACCAAUGUCUACCAGUCCGUCGUUGAACAAAACGUGCUCAAGGAGAAGGUUCUCAGUUCCCGCUCUACAAGAAACCCGGACUCUUUCUUAUCAAACUGGUUGACGAACAACUUGGCUGCGACGAAAUAUUUCAACACAUUUAUCAACCAUUCACUCUACAUCGGCUUCUCUGAUGCACCCCGUUCAGAUCUACAACUUGUGAUUUCCCGGGAGGAGUACUACGCCGACACUGGCUUGAUAAUAGACGACGAUUUACAGUUCAACAUCUCACACAACACCGUUGGAAGCCUCAUAGACUGGCUGGCAGUGAGAUUAUCGGGUCACAGCGACUCCGCAUCUUUGGACAAGCCCGGAAUGCCAACGCUGCUCAAAUACCCCUUACCUCUUUGCAUGCGCACCAGCAACACGCCAACCGAGAUCAUCAGUAGCCUGGCAGCUUCGCAGAACAUCUCAAGAACAUUCGAAAUGGUCGCUGCCAGCCUGACGAAAUGGAUCCGAAACCGUUCUCUCGAAAGUAGCCCGCAUCACGGAAUAACAAAGCAAUGGGUGAUCAAGAUCAGGGUGAACUGGGCAUUCUUGUCACUGCCCAUGGGCUCCUUAUUAGGAGGUUGCAUCUUCUGCCUGCUUUCGAUACGGGAGACGCGAAAACUGAGCCUUCCAGCUUGGAGGGGGAGCUCGCUAGCGACGCUAGCCCACGGCCUCGAUGUGGAGUCUAGGGCAUUCUUGAGGGAGGCAAGCGACAGCUCUCGUAUCGCUGCCCAGGCUCGAACUCUGGAGGUCAAGUUUGCCGACUCUGAAGGUGGACCGGAGCUGGUUCGUGGAGCCAAGACUAGCAGGCCUGCUCAUGAUUCUGCUUGA